AGCAGUCCAGGCGAGCUUCCGGUUAGCCUUCUUCUCGACUUGGUUUCGUGUAUCGGUCGGCGGUUAACUUCUAGUAACCAAAUUUACGAAACCUAAUAUUUGAGUAUAGAAGAAAAGAUCCGAGUCGGUUACACGUGAAAAUAAUGGCGGCUACAAUGAGAGGUCUCAUGAAGCUCAAUGUUACUUUGGCCAGCAAUACUCUGUUGAGAAGUAGUCUAUUGAAUUCUUGCAGAUUUUUGUAUUCGGAUCAAGCUUUGGGUAUAGUUAACUAUGAAGCUGCAAGAUUAAAUUUUCGUAAUCAAUUUAUAAAUGUGGAAGAUACAUUCCGUAGCAAGAUGCAAGAAGUAUGCAAUACAGAAUCCAGCAUGAUCUUCACAGAAGACUUGAAGUCCAUGUUGCACCUGGUCCAAAAAAAGCCUGAGGAUAUCGAGCUGAUUGUCAAGAUGCUAACAAAGUUUAACAUACAAAACAAGGAGAUGAGAUUUGGUAAUUUUAUCUUUGGUCCUGUUGUGAUGCGGACUUUCUAUUACCUGGAUGAACCGGAUCUUGCACUUACUGCUUUCAAAGAUCCCCAGUUUGACAAUUUCUUUAACCAAUUUAUGAGUUAUCAGAUUCUCUUGUGUUUGCUCUACAAACAUAAUAGAUAUUCAGACAUAAAAGAAGUGUUUGAAAUAAUUAAGAUCAAGAACGCAACCAAUAACAUGUUUCCCAAGAAUUCAAUUACGAUGGUUAUGGCUGCCUGUUACAAAGAGAAUACAGCAGAGUCAAUAGAAUAUGCUCUGAGUAUUUGGAAAGAAUUUAUCAACGACGAAUAUUACGUGCGUAGAGCCACGUCGCUUUUAGCGGCUCUAGCCAUUAAUCAAAAUAUGGCUCAUAUAGCCAUCGAAAUUAUCACCACGAUCAGACAGGCCCGAUAUAUCGACGUGAGAUGUUUGAAAGUUGCUGCGUAUACAAAUCUGAAGAGGUUCACUGAGAUAGUGCCAAUUUUCAGAACUUCGUUAGAUCAAGAUAAGCCAAAUAACCAGAAAGAAUGUUAUUUUAAAGAUGUGAUUGAAAACCUGGAAUAUGCCAUGGAAAAGGAGAAUAUCGCAAAAGACUUCGAAUUGUACAAAUUGCUCGCUCUCUUGAAAAACAACAAUCGUAUUUUGCCUGACACUCUGCAGAACCAUCUCACCACAGAGAUAAAAUAUGAAUUGAAACGUGGACCGAGAACCAUGAACCAAGAAACAAGAACAAAUAACAAUGUUUAUCUCCAGCGACAACAGUUAACACCUACACGCAAACCAAUGCUGCGGAAUCUUUUAUAUUAACGAUGACAACCAUUGAUUAUCAAUUUCACAAUCUUCAUCUAUACAUCUGUAAAGAGAAGAAGAGUUAUGUAGAGGAAGCAAUGCACAGUCAGGUGUAGAUAAGAGAUCUGGUUUUUAAGAUAUUGUCCGGAUUUGAAAUAAAGAAGAUAUACACAAUAAACACUGACACUGUGGAA